AGCAGCAGGCUGCAGAGGGGAGAAACAAGUCUGCGACACCUGCAAACAAACUCCCAACCGACUCCCUCCUGGAGCGAGGAGACGGGUGAAGCUGAGAGACCAAAGCAAACCGGAAUCAGGGGAGAGAAAAAUGUUUUUUUAGUCAUUAAGUAAGAGACUCGAGCAACAGAGAAAGUUUAGUGUCGCGCUAUACCCUUCAUCUGAGUUCACGGCGGAUCGGACCGAGUGUGGAGAGCUGAGAGAGAGAGAGAGAGAGAGAGGGAGAGAGAGAGGGAGAGAGACGACAUCAGGCUGUGGCUCUCCAGGCUCUGGUGGAUGGGGAGAAAAUGGAGGUGAACAGAAGAGAGGCGCCUCUGUAUGGACAAGUGGAGGCCAAUGUCAGGUUACAAGCCAGCGCUCCUGAUGGUGCAGAGUUUUACGUUGUUGUACAAGGUUCAAGACUUACACAUGUGACCACAGCAAAAAGAAGAGAUGAUGGGCUGACCCUUUGCUUCACAGUUCCCGGCCAUGACCUUGUGGAAGUUGUCUGUGUCACAUCCUACUUUUAUUCAGAGGACCAAGUGAAGCCAUGCGAGGGUGAAGCAUCUCUUGAAUACUUCAGGGACGUUGCCCAGGAAGCAGCAGAGUAUCUGAGUGCACACAAAGACCAGCUCAGCCCCCAGAGCUACCUAGAAGUCCUGAAGAGGUUUCCUGCGUGGGCAGAUGCUGCUGAUGAGGAGUUCCCUGCCGGAGGGUUAGAGCGUGAUGAGGAGGAUGUGCGAUUCAGAGAAUGUAGAGGCGAUGAAUCUGGUCUCAGGCAUCUGGAUGAGAAGAUCACGCAGGCUAUGGCCAACAUAGAUUACCCUCAGCAGUGGAAAAACAGUCAGCCAAGGGAAGCUGCUGAGCUUCAGCCCAAAGAAACCCUGCUUCACCUGGCGGUGCGUUUGGGUUUGGUCCAUCUCUCCCGUUUCUUAAUUCACCAACCGAGAGGUCAAAGGGCACUGACCUCACCCAAUCAGGAAGGAGACACACCCCUCCAGCUGGCUCAGAGGGACGGACAACAUGCCAUGUUCAGGGUGCUGGCAGCUCCUCCAGGUCCUGUGGUCGGCCCUGCCCCAGGGGUGUGUAGCUUGUGGUCCGACAGCUCCAGCAUGCUGAGGUUUUGUCCCGGGACAAAUUCUCUGACCCUGACUGUGCGACAGGCUCCCUGCAGCUGCCCUCAGGACGGCAUCAUGGUCCUACGAGACAGACUGGCAGACCACAGCAUCCUCAAACUGAUCAAUAUGCUCAGAGCUGAUACUGAAGUAGACAAGAGAAGCAAAGAUGAAGUCCCUUCUAAUAAUGAAGGCGUUAGCAAGGAGCUCCGAGUGGAAGGGCACGUGCGGGUGGACAAUGUUUUUGAAGAACAGCUCGUCCUCUCAUUGGACGACGACGAUGAUGAAGAGGAGUACCCAUCCUUAUCAUCUGUAAAUGGGCAUCCCAUGAAGUCCAGUGGCGUGGAGAGCCAGUUCACCCAGCGUGCUCCAGACCCUCUGCUCUCCAUGAUCAACAGCAACGAUCAGACCAUCGCACACCAGACACAGCCGGAUGAUGUUGACCUCAAGUACAGCAUCAGUGGAGUGACAAGGGACAGCACAGGGACAGACAGCGGGUUAUGGGAUACAGUGGAUUCUCAAGAUCUCCUGCUCGCCACCGACACUCCUCUGCCCUUUUCAGAAAACUUCUACCACAACUCUGUACCGUGCUCUCUCCCUCUCUCACCUCCUGACCAGGCCCUCGCCAGGCUGAACCGUCCCAUCUGCUUUGAGCCGACCAAUGAGAGGGACAGUCCGCCCAUGGACACCUGCGACCUCAGCCCCAGUCUAGUGGCCCUGGAGGUGGACAGUGAAGAGGACAGCACCGAGCCAAAGUCUCCGCUGUCCCCGCUCUCGUCAGAUGUUGAGAAGAGCGAAGACAAAAGGGACGCAUUUCGUCCCUCGCCUGACCUUACUUGCACUCGCAGCCAGUCGGCCUCCUCAGCAUGUGAACCCACCACAAAAGAAUUGGGUGACCAGGGGAUUCGACUCCGUUCCUAUUCCUACUCCUCGCCCAAAAUCAGUUUGCGACCUGCUCGAUUCACCCGGGAUAAUCACACCUCAGAUAUCACUCCUGAUGCCGUGCUCCACAGUGUCAGCCACAGCCGAUCUCUCCUUCAGGCCCUCUCUCUGUCUAAAUCUCUGUCUCUGCUCCACCCUGGUAAGCAACGAGCCUCCAGUAUUUCUGAGCAGUCACACGAGAAAAGGGAGAUUAGGUUCCGUAAGCGAGCCCAGUCCGCUGAUGAUGAGGGCAGCAUGGAGCUGGCAGAGUCCCUCCAACAUCUCACACUGUCUGAGUUCCUCAAAGAAAUUGAAGAGGAGGAGCUGGAUAAGUACAAUAUCCCGACCAAGACAGAGUCAGAGAAGUACAAAGUCAUCCGCACCUUUAGUUUCCUGAAGAGCAGGAUGUCCAGCACACGCAACAAGACCAAGGGGAAGGGGAAGGACAGGGAAUCCAAGGAUAGGCAACUGAAUGGACAUCGGUUUGCGACAGGGUCCUGUUUGGGCCCCACCGUGUGUGUGGUAUGUGACAAACCGGCGUCUGGAAAGGACCUGCUGCAUUGCCCCAGUUGCACUGCCAUCGUCCAUAAGGGCUGUAAGGAAUCCGUUCCCCCAUGUUUGAAGAAACUUCAGGAUAAAUAUGCUGUUACCAUGGUGAAGAACAGGACAGCAUCCCUCCCACAGAAUUUCACAGUGAGAGACAGCCCUCCUCAGUGUGUGGCCCCCAUCUCUACCUCUCUACCUGUCAUGACCCCCAAGGAGAAGAAGGAUGCUGUGACCCAGUCCUGCUCUCUCUCCAACAGUGACAGUCGGCUCAGUGAGAGUUCAGAGACAGAGUCUGAUGCCGUGAAGGUGACCAGCCAUUCAGAAGAGCUGCUGCCGACUCCGACGUCCUCCACCUCCACGGACUCAUACUUCGGAGAAGACUGUGUGGACGCGUAUAUCCAAAGUGACAUCUCGGCUGAUGCUGUGGAUUACGAGGCGGAGUCGUGGAGUCUGACGGUGGAGCACAAGUUCUGCAAGAGGCAGGAGAAACGAGCUGUCAAGAGGCAGGAUGUUAUCUAUGAGCUGAUGCAGACAGAGCUCCACCACCUCCAGACGCUACACAUCAUGGCGGAGGUUUUCCGGCGAGGCAUGAGGGAGGAAGUGCAGCUCGAUACGGAGGCGGUGAAGCGGGUCUUCCCCUGUCUGGACCAGCUGCUUCUCUUCCACCACGCCUUCUUCGCCGCCAUGAAGGAGCGGCGACACAGCUCAGCCGAGCCCCAGGGACACAGGAACUACCUCAUCCAGCAAAUAGGAGACGUCCUGCUCCAGCAGUUUUCAGAUGAAAAUGGGGAGAAAAUGAAGCAGGUAUAUGGACAGUUCUGCAGUCGUCACAACGAAGCAGUCAGCUUUUUCAAAGAGCUCCAGCAGCAUAACAAGAGAUUUCAGAACUUCAUUAAGCAACAAGGUAAUAAUUCUCUGGUGCGACGGAGGGAGAUCCCAGAGUGCAUCUUGCUGGUGACCCAGAGGAUAACAAAGUACCCAGUGCUGCUGGAGAGGGUCCUACAAUAUACUCAAGAAGAAACAGAGGAGCACGCCGACCUUUCCAAAGCCCUGGCUCAGAUCCGGGAGGUGAUAGCCGCCGUGGACUUGAGCGUCAGCGAGUACGAGCGGCACCAGAGGUUACAGGAGGUGUGGAACCGCAUGGAGAACCGCAGCUCGGCCAAGCUGAAGAACGGACAUAUGUUCCGCAAGCAGGACAUGAUGGGGCCGGGACAAACGCUCAAACACCAGGGGCUGCUCCUGUGGAAGACUGCCACGGGUCGACUAAAAGAUGUGCUGGCGCUCCUUCUCACAGACACACUCAUCUUCCUGCAAGAAAAAGACCAGAAGUACACGUUCGCCACCGUGGACCAGAAGCCUCCAGUCAUCGCGCUGCAGAAGUUAAUAGUGCGAGAAGUUGCAAACGAAGAGAGAGGGAUGUUUCUGAUCAGCGCGUCAGCCGCCGGGCCAGAAAUGUACGAGGUCCAUACGUCAUCCAAAGAGGAGCGAAACGCUUGGAUGAGGCUGAUUAGAGAGGCUGUAGAGAGCUGUCCGGAGGAAGAGGAGGAGUACACAAGUGAAUCUGAAGAGGAGAAGCGAGCUGCCGAGGCUCGUAUUCAGAAGAUCCAUAAGUUACAAGAGAGUCUGAUGAGCCAGGACCAGCAGAUCUGCUCCAGCCUGGAGGAGAAGCUGCACAUUUACACAGAGCUCUCGGCUCUGAACGGGAGGACGGACCCUCCGGUGGUCGAAGCGCGCCUGCUCGUCCAGCCGCACUCAGAGGAGCUGCCCCAGGCCGCCGUGCUGCUGGCUGCAGCUCUGCAAGAGGCUGAAAACCUUAAAGCCACGCUGUCAUCCAAGGCUCGUUCUCCCUCCAGCCAGAGCCCGGACUCUGACACAGACUCUGUGUUUCCUGUCAGCCCUGCUCCGCUCGCAGAGCUCCCCUCAGAUCCCUCUGAGCCCUCACCUGAAACCCCCGAGGCCAGUGAGGCGAGCUGGACCGAGGCCCUUGUUUUUCAGUCCCCAACUCAGUUACAAAAAACGGACACAGAUGAAGUUGACCUCAAGGUUGCUCAAAGUGUCCAAAGCCUGACCCAGUUACUCUACAGUCUGCAGGCGGCGGUGACCAUCCAGGACAGCUGCUACGAGGUCCAGAGGCUCCUCCUCCGAGAGACAGGGCGCCCCUCUCCCCGCGCCCAGCGACCUCACCUUCCAAGCAUCCGGGGCAACACCCUACAGGAGCAGGAGAAGCAGCGUAACCUGGAGAAGCAGAAGGAGGAGGUGGCGGCGACUCAGCGGCUCCAGUACCGACUGCGCCAGGAGAAGGAGCGCUGGGAGAGGGCGUGCCAGGCCAGGGAGAGCCAGCAGGGGGAGCAGGAGAGCAAGCUGGAGGAGAGGGAGAGGCAGUGCCACCUGGCGGCGGAGAGGCUGAGGCGUGAGAGGGAAGAGCUGGACGAGCAGCUGGAGGAGUACCAGCAGAGCCUGGAGCGGCUCAGGGAGGGCCAGAGGAGCGUGGAGAGGGAGCGGGAGCGCCUGGAGAACCAGGAGAAGCUGCUCCAGACCUGGAGGCACGGCCGGCAGAGGAGCCUGCCCACUGUGAUUCCUCACAUGGUCAUACCUCUAGAUGGGCAGCAGGACCCGGCGCCAAGUCAGUCAAGAGACCACGGCGGCAACGGCUCCAUGUUUGUGAAUGAGGCUGCGUUCGCCAGCACCAGCAUCAACAACCGCCACGUCCACCACAAAAGAAACGACCCCAGCGCACACAACUGUCUCAACAGCCUGCUGGCCAGAUCCAACAGCAGACAGCCCCCCACAGCGAAGACCCCCCAUAAUCCACACUCAGACUCCCAGGGAUGGGUGAUGGGGACAGGGUACCUCUACAGCCCUGCAGGAAGGCUGGCACUGCCGCACACACCCGCUGAUCAUAACAGUCACAGCUACAUCGGGGAGACAUGGUCGUCAACAGCAAGCGGCGCUGAUCCGUAUCCGGAGCUCCCGCGUCCAAAUGACCCUCAGCUGGACCUCAGUGCACUGGUUUCCUUGGAUACUGACAGUGGUGGGGAGGAGGGCAGGGAGGAAACCAUUGUGUACCUCUGAAUAUUGAUAAAUAUCAGACUCUAAAAGGCCAACCCAGCAUUUGGAGGAUCAUCAGAACCACGACUGGAUCGGGGCGGCUUCAGGAAGCAUUCCCUGUAAAGAUUUUUUUUUUUUUUUUUUGUAUAUUUGAAAGAUUGUUUCGUGUUCUUUUUUUGUGUCUUUUUUUGUGCAGUGGUGAGUUACUGGAAACACGGAGAGAGAAACUGAGUUAAAGAAACUGAGGUUGUUUCAGACUCAAUCUCACAUGUGUCAUGCACCUUAGCUUGAGGCACCACUGGGUGUUCAGUGUCUCUUUAUUUUCUGUUUUCUUUUUUUGUGUGUGUGUGUGUGUGUGUGUGUGUGUGUGUGGUCUUUAUUGUCUGCCUGGGCCCCUGCAGCCACACCUUUCCCCCUCUUCCCCUCUCUUCUUCCUACUGUCCCUCCCUCAUCGCCUUCCUUCCUCAGGUCCCACAUAUCUCAUCUCUCGAGCUCUAUAUUUAUUAAAUUUACCACAGAGCGAGACAAAGUGUAUAUCCAAUAUCAGUGAAACAUCAUGCUGCAUCUCUCCAGUGGGUGAUUGUCUUGCUAUGGAGUAAACUGCCCCUUUUUCAUUCAUCAGACAGGCUGUGUUUAUGUACGAGCCGAGCACAACGUGAAGCACAAAACAUUAGGAUUGAAAGAUGAGGUGCGACAGCGUCACUCCCACGUUUUUCCGACCCGCUGCCUGUAGCAUUCAUUUAUUUCUUUUCUAUCUUGGGCACGUUUUUCUUGUUAAGAGAAAUAAGCACCGAUGUGAGUUUAAAAAAGAUGUUGCAGCUGUGCUAAUAUGUCAGUUUUAUCAGAGCGUAGCUAUUCCAUCACGAAAGCCUGAGAAAGCAUCUUCUGAGCGCAUCUGUUCCUGCAAAACGUCAAAGGAAGCUGUGGCGCAGGAAGAUGAACAUAAGAAAAACACAUUGGGCCGAGCUAAUUUAAGCACUAAUGCAAUUGCAACAAUUCACAGUAACACAAAUCUCUGAUGACAUUCCCAGAGGAUAAAUCCUUGUUGCUUUAGUGAUUCCAUGACUUUUUCUCUAGCUCCACCACGAAUUUGACAUUUGCAUUUUUCAAAUGAAAUUUGGUUAAGACGUUCAUCUGCACCUCAGGAUGAAUUAUAACAACUUGUGAUCCCUUAACUUUUCAUCUGGCACCAUGUCAAACUUUUAAUUUGGCCAGUAUUUUGGUUUAUGACUAAACACCUGCAAAACCAACGAUAUUCCCAUUAUUGUCAGCUGUACUUUGUCUUCAGUGCUAGUUAUCAAAUGUUAGCAUGCUAGCCGCUAAACUAAGAUGAUGAACAUCGUAAGCAUGGUAGUAUUGUCAUUGGGAGCAUGUCAGCAUGCUGACAUUAGCAUUUAGCUCAAACUGCAAUUGUGCCUUAGUGCAGCUUCACAGAGCUGCUAGCAUGGCUGUAGGAUCUUAGCCUGUUGUUUUUUUUAAUCCUCUCUCAUUUUUCUGUCACCACUUUAUGAAAAUCCCAUAUUUGCUACAUCUUUACAUGUUGUAAAGGGUGGAAGACAUUAUCCUGAAAUUAUAUUUGCAAGUGCCCAGAACAGUUUGAAGCAGCCAUACCCUCAAAGCUGUUAUGCUUAACACUAACUUGAUUAUUCAUUUAGUAUAUUUACUUAUUAUCUCUCAUGGGCAUUUUUGUGUAAAGACGUCCCUGUGCCAAUGCUUUAGGUGUCUCAAUGUUUUACAGACACUAUAAAAGAUGAAUUGGUUUAAUUACUGUUGUAGUCUCCUAAUGGGGCGAUAAGGCAGUGACAGUAUUUUGACGUGAUUUUAGUGCCGUGUAUAUAUGUUUGUGCUUUUAUUUAUUUAUUACAGUAUAAAAGAGUUUUAAUGUUCUACAGUGCUUUGUGAAGGGUUGUAUUGUAAAUAGAAGUGUACCUGUGUAAACUGAUGAACAGGUGUGUUUUUUGUUGUGUACUCAUGUGUUGUAUAUUCAUACGCAGGUGUAUUGAUAAAAUUACUUUUAUUGAACUUGA